CUGAACUGUCCCAAACAAGAGACAAAAACAAUUUUCUACACAAAGGAACAUAAAUACACUUGUCGUCGCGUUUCACCUCAGUUCAGUGUUGUUUCUGUCUUGACAUCAUCCGUUCAGCUCACGGAUAUCAUCCUAACAUAAACAUGGUUUCACCUGUUACUGUGGUGAAAAGCGAAGGCCCAAAGCUGGUGCCAUUCUUCAAGGCCACCUGCGUCUAUUUUGUGCUGUGGCUGCCCACCUCCAGCCCAUCUUGGUUCAGUGCCCUUAUUAAAUGUUUGCCCAUUUUCUGUCUCUGGGUUUUCCUGCUUGCCCAUGGCAUCAGCUUUUUAGGAGCCCACUCAAGUGCUAGAAAGAUCCUCGCAGGACUCAUCUUCUCAGCUUUAGGAGACGCCUUUCUGAUCUGGCAGGAGCAGGGCUACUUCAGUCAUGGGCUGCUGAUGUUUGCCAUCACGCACGUCUUGUACUCAUCUGCUUUUGGGAUGAAACCAAUAAACCUACGAGCAGGCCUGGUCAUCGCCACUAUCUCAGGUCUUUGCUACACCUUGCUCUACCCUUAUCUGUCUGGCACCUUCACCUACCUGGUGGCCGUCUACAUCGCUCUGAUAGGCUUCAUGGGCUGGAGGGCCAUCGCCGGUGUGCAGCUGGCCAACGACCUGUGGACAUGGACCAAGCUGUCGGCCUGCUUGGGAGCUGUUCUCUUCAUGGUGUCAGACCUCACCAUUGCCGUCAACAAAUUCUGCUUCCCUGUGCCGCACUCGCGUGCCAUCAUCAUGGCUACAUACUAUGCAGCACAGAUGCUGAUCGCCCUUUCAGCCGUAGAGUGCCAGGAUGCUGACGUGGCCAGGAAGAGAGUAAAGUAAUGAACGCUCCCCUGCAUGUGUGUCCCCCGAGAACUGAUCAGGUUCACAGGUUCAGACAAGCAUCGCACCCUCAUAGAGCCUAGCCUUUGUUUAGAGCCUGUCCUGUAGAGGGGAACAGGUGCAGUCAAAGACUGCUGCAUGGAAACCCAAUCCAUAGAGAGGGGCUUUUUGAGUGAGGAAAUGCAGGACAACACAGGGGGAAGAUUCCCUUUCCGUCUGGCCUUGAGCUCACAGAAGGCCCCAUUCGACCCCUGCUACGACUGAUCACGUUACACUCCCUGUCAACACUUCUACUGUUACUGCUUUUGUGUAUGGAGACAAAGGGGUGUAGAAGAACACAGUAUGAAUGAAGUGUUGAUGACCGUGUCUGUGUAUACCUGCUCUCUUUACUAUACUGAUAAAGCUAUUGGUAAAGAAACAAAACUUGACUAGCAUGCGGAUUUCAUAUGUUUUUUGCUUUUAUCAACUGCUUUGUAUAAUAUGGUCCCUUUUGAUACUCUCUGGAUGGUUAAUAAUAACACAGUUAGGGUUUUUUUGAGUCUGUAGUUAUUAAAAUACAUUUUGAUAAGCACUCAGAGAUCUUAAAGUGUCCAUAAAGGGGAAGCUGCUUCGAGUGUUAUCCUUUAAUCAAGCUUCUAGAUCUACUGUAUUUUAAAAAUGAACAGAUCUUAGCAAUAUCACUCUUGGUACAUACCAGAAAUCUACUGGGAACAAACGUAAAGAUUCUGAGCCUAAACAUCUGUGUAUAUUUCAUUCGUUUUUACAUCAAGUCUGAUUUUAUUGAGUUUUCUGUAUUACUAUACCUGUUGGCUGCCAUCAUCCUCAGACAAAAUCUCAGAAUUUAUUCAUUCACCGUACUACUUAUGUAAAUUGUAUAUGUUUGCAUAAAUAUGUACGCUGCCUUGCAGUAUGGGGAAAUGUGAUAAUGACUUUGGGAGUCGUACCAGAAUAUAACGUUUUCUGCUUGACAUUUUGAUUGUUUUGACUGCUGUGGUCAUCAGUUCAUAUAGACAUAUUAGGAAAACUUAAAUAAAAUAUUUCAGUCAACAUGACAUUUCAACUACAAAAAAAUGGAUAAUAUGCCAUGUAACUGGUCAUGACUGUAAAUAUGGACUUUAAAGAAUACAUUUAAAGAUUAUUUUUAAGUAUACAAUCUUUAAGGGAAAUUAUGUAUAAUAUAUAUAU